AUGAAAAGGGUGAUUAUUCUAUACAGGUUAGUAAAUUAGGUAUUAUACUUAAUUUUAGUUAUUCUAACGUUUUAAAAUAAAUCAAAUACUAAAGUAUUCUAAUUUUUAGUAGAGUAACAUCUGAUGAAAAUUAAUUAUAGAAGAAGAUUGGUAAGUAGCAUCUAACUAUUUUUUCAACAGUGUCUUAUUCAGAUAGAAUCAUAUAAAACUUAUCGAAAAGAGACAAAAUAAUAAGAGACAAUAUUUCUAUUCUUGUAGCUUGAAACUUAGAUAAAGAUAGCCAUAGAUUAGUAAGGGUUGAAAAGGGUGACUUUUCCAGGUUAGCAAGGUCCAAGUAGCAAUCCAAUGUACCAGCAAGGCGUAACAAGUGUCUGUGUGACGUCAUGCGGCUUUCUGGAGGCGGAGCCUGUGAUUGGGGAAGCAGGUGGGGGCGGUUUCACUCUCCCGCAUCGUGGAUCGCUUGCCCCACCCUCGGGAUUUUGUUCCUUUUGCAGGAAUACCAAACUUACAGAAAAUUAUCAAACAAGCUGUAAUCAAGUAGCUGUUGGCUGGAGUAGCUUCUGUAAUCAAUCGAUGAAGUCAAACGAUCAAGACCGACGCAUCGAUAUUUGAUGCGUAAGUUUGUAGAAGCUGGUAAGAAUUUUCCCAGAAUGUACUAGGCGAAAAGAUGGUAUAAGGCGCUUUAAAGGUCUCCGACGGCGUGUUCCCGCAACGCUACCGUUUAUUGCACUGUGGUCUGCUAAAGUGCAAUCGAGGAAGCAAAAUGCGGUUUCACUCGUUCGUGCGAGGCUCGCAAGAAUGUAAUUAACCCCUCGGAAGUGGCACGGUGCUUCGACCCGUGGCCGAUUUUACCUGCGUUUUCUUAUCUCUCUGUCUUUAAAAGCGAGAAGCGUAGUCGAGGGACAGCUCGCCGAUCAGUUUUGUCAGUUCACACCGAUCUACCGC